CCUUUACAGGGAGACAUCAUGGGCUUCCGGAAGUUCUCCCCCUUCCUGGCUCUCAGCAUCUUGGUCCUGUGCCAGGCCGGCAGCCUCCAGGCGGCGCCAUUCAGAUCGAACCUGGAGAGCAGCCCAGACCUGGCUACACUCAGUGAGGAGGAAGCGCGCCUCCUGCUGGCUGCACUGGUGCAGGACUAUGUGCAGAUGAAGGCGAGUGAGCUGGAGCAGGAGCUGGAGACAGAAGGCUCCAGCAUCACUGCCCAGAAGAGAGCCUGCAACACUGCCACCUGUGUGACUCAUCGGCUGGCCGGCUUGCUGAGCAGAUCAGGGGGUAUGGUAAAGAGCGACUUUGUGCCCACCAAUGUGGGUUCCCAAGCUUUUGGCAGGCGCCGCAGGGACCUUCAAGCCUGAGCAGCUAAAUGCCUCCAGAAAGAAGGU